AACGAUAGUUGAACUCAUCACCCUCGCGUUCGGCAGACCUUAAAGUGGGCGGUGUCGAAGUGCACGUUGUUUUCUUGUAUUUUAGGUCUUGGAAAGGAGAAACGAGAGUGGUCAGCUCAGUGUGUGAAGGGUUGGUCGACAUGGUGGGAGAGUACAGAUGAUGAAACAUUGAGAACGGAACACUAGACCGAUCAUAGUUCCUAAAACGGACCGCGAGACGAACACGGUGAUUAUGCCCAGCGCAGCAGUGAGACGUUUAUCACAAGUCGAAAAAUACCUCAACAGCCGGAACGAUAUGGCGGAACGGAGCAGUGGCGAAGGGAAUUCCCGGAACAUUCCGGAGUCGAUGCAUCACGGCAGCUUGGAGAACAACCUCGAUCUGGACCUGAGCGGCAUCCCAGACUCCCAACGCUACCUCGACUCUUCCCACCGCAGCCUAGACUCCUCCUACCGCUCCCUGCCCCCCGGACUCAACAGCUUGCAGCAGAAGAUCCUCAGGGUGACAGAGCAACUGAAGAUUGAGAAGGAGUCACGAGACGACAAUGUGAUAGAGUACCUGAAACUGGUGAACAGUGUCGACAAGCAGCAGGUGGGGCGCAUCAAGCAUGUGUUUGAGAAGAAAAACCAGAAGUCAGCUCACAGCAUUGCCCACAUGCAGAAAAAGCUUGAGCAGUAUCAUAAGAAGAUGAAGGACAGCAGCGAGAAGGACACCAGCUCCCAACACCACAGCAUCUCUAAAGAGAGCUCAAAGGACAUGCUAAGCCACACCGUGAGCAACGUGAGCAGUGGUAGUGGACGACACCCACUGGACAAGAUCAAGACAGUAGGGCCUGGCGUCUCGCUCUCGCCACCCUUCUUUUUCAGCAAGCCCCGAGACUUUGCCAACCUCAUUAGGAACAAGUUUGGCAGUGCCGACAACAUCGCUCACCUGAAGACCUACCUCGACACGCCCUCUCCCUUCCACUCUGAAGGAACCGGGCGGGCCUUGAGUGGGAGCGCCACCUUAGUGAGUGGGAAGACCCCUGCCGCCACGCCCAAGUACACCAGCGAUGACGAGUGUUCCUCGGGCACGUCCCUGUCGGCGGACAGCAACGGGAACGCAAUGGCUCUGGGCGUUGGCCUGGGUCUAGAUGUGGGUGUCGGGGCGGUGAUGACCCCAGGGCAGAUCCUGGAGUCUGGGGACAGCCAGGAGAGGCUGGGCCUGACCACGGAGGAGGUUAGGGAGAUCAGGGAGGCCCAGGGGCAGCUGGAGGAGGACAUGGAGGGAUUCAAGACCCAGUUCAAGAAAGACUACAGCUUCAUCACCCAAACGCUACAAGAGGAGAGAUACAGGUGUGAGCGGUUGGAGGACCAGCUGAAUGAUCUGACUGAGCUCCACCAGGCCGAGACAGCAGACCUGAAACAGGAGCUGGCCAGCAUUGAGGAGAGAGUGGCCUACCAAGCCUAUGAGAGGGCUAGAGACAUACAGGAGGCCCUAGAGUCAUGCCAGACGCGAGUCUCUAAACUAGAGCUCCAGCAGCAGCAGCAACAAACCGUACAGCUUGAGUCCCGUGAUGCCAGGGUGCUUCUGGGUAAAAGUAUCAACAUCAUGCUCGCCAUCGUCACCGUGAUCCUUGUAUGCGUUUCCACGGCCGCCAAGUUCGCCGCACCCCUACUGCGGAGCCGUCGCCACGUGAUGGGCACCUUCCUGGGCAUGUGUCUGUUGGCGCUGUUCUGGAGGAACUGGGAGAAUCUACAGUGUGCUGUGGAGAGGGUCCUGGUGCCAGCCUGAGGGGAGACAAAUAGUCUAAUCCUGUCCAUGUCACUCACUGCAACAAAUGAUCUACGGACUGAUCUCAGAACUUCAACAAAACAGCCUAUUGAUGUAGUAAAAUGCAGAAGGUGCAUAAUGCAAAAGAAGUCCGCAGGGGGGAAAUGGAGCUAGCAAAGCAUGGUCACUGACUGGUUAAUCGCAUCACCUAGAAUAACACUGAAUAUCAAGACAUUGUGGGGUGAAUGAACACACAAUGGCUGACAUAACAACAGAAACGACAACCACACUGCUUGAGAAUGUUGUAAUCCUUGAUCAAUGCUGUUUCUUGCAAUUGUAAGGUUUAAUUGAUGCUCCCAGAAACAAGUCUAGCAGUGUUAAGUCCUUCAUGAUAGACUACUGACUUCAACAAAUAGGUUCUCCAUUGGUCAGAAGAGAUGAUGCUGUCCAGAACAGACUACAACAAAUAAUUUCCAGACAGUCAGAUCACGUGCAUAGUGCAGAAGAAUUGCGAUAGAGCAAGCAUGAUUGGGGAAAGAUGGGAGCUGGCUAAAGCAUGGCUACUAACUGACUGACUGUUCAUUAUACAGUAUAUUGUUGGAUCACAAUCUCCAAUGUCUCUGACAGGGUUGGUAGGUUGGUCACGGCACACAAUCAGAGGGCACGGUUGCAUCACGGUUGUCUUACGGUCGCAGAGGUUCAUGGUUCUUCACCCUAUCCACGCCAUCAAUACACACACAACUCAGCCUUGAUGGGCGGCCCUGCCAACAUUCUACUACAGAGACUACAGUCCACAAUACAGGAGUCAGGGAGGUGAUAUUUUAUGUCUUAAGGCUUAUGUCUUACAGCCAAUCCUCAUUCCUUCUUUAUUACCUUGCCUGCAGUCAGAAGUUUGUCAGCCUUCUUUUACAACUGCUGUUGACUUGGUUAGUUUACUUCUUUUAUUGGAUACAUUUUAAAAGCGAAAUACAGUGCCUUGCGAAAGUAUUCGGCCCCCUUGAACUUUGCAAACUUUUGCCACAUUUCAGGCUUCAAACAUAAAGAUAUAAAACUGUAUUUUUUUGUGAAGAAUCAACAACAAGUGGGACACAAUCAUGAAGUGGAACGACAUUUAUUGGAUAUUUCAAACUUUAACAAAUCAAAAACUGAAAAAUUGGGCGUGCAAAAUUAUUCAGCCCCCUUAAGUUAAUACUUUGUAGCGCCACCUUUUGCUGCGAUUACAGCUGUAUUCGCUUGGGGUAUGUCUCUCAGUUUUGCACAUCGAGAGACUGAAAUUUUUUCCCAUUCCUCGUUGCAAAACAGCUCGAGCUCAGUGAGGUUGGAUGGAGAGCAUUUGUGAACAGCAGUUUUCAGUUCUUUCCACAGAUUCUCGAUUGGAUUCAGGUCUGGACUUUGACUUGGCCAUUCUAACACCUGGAUAUGUUUAUUUUUGAACCAUUCCAUUGUAGAUUUUGCUUUAUGUUUUGGAUCAUUGUCUUGUUGGAAGACAAAUCUCCGUCCCAGUCUCAGGUCUUUUGCAGACUCCAUCAGGUUUUCUUCCAGAAUGAUCCUGUAUUUGGCUCCAUCCAUCUUCCCAUCAAUUUUAACCAUCUUGCCUGUCCCUGCUGAAGAAAAGCAGGCUCAAACCAUGAUGCUGUCACCACCAUGUUUGACAGUGGGUAUGGUGUGUUCAGGGUGAUGAGCUGUGUUGCUUUUUCGCCAAACAUAACGUUUUGCAUUUUUGCCAAAAAGUUCAAUUUUGGUUUCAUCUGACCAGAGCACCUUCUUCCACAUGUUUGGUGUGUCUCCCAGGUGGCUUGUGGUAAACUUUAAACAACACUUUUUAUGGAUAUCUUUAAGAAAUGGCUUUCUUCUUGCCACUCUUCCAUAAAGGCCAGAUUGUGCAAUAUACGACUGAUUGUUGUCCUAUGGACAGAGUCUCCCACCUCAGCUGUAGAUCUCUGGAGUUCAUCCAGAGUGAUCAUGGGCCUCUUGGCUGCAUCUCUGAUCAGUCUUCUCCUUGUAUGAGCCGAAGGUUUAGAGGAACGCCAGGUCUUGGUAGAUUUGCAGUGGUCUGAUACUCCUUCCAUUUCAAUAUUAUUGCUUGCACAGUGCUCCUUGGGAUGUUUAAAGCUUGGGAAAUCUUUUUGUAUCCAAAUCCGGCUUUAAACUUCUUCACAACAGUAUCUCAGACCUGCCUGGUGUGUUCCUUGUUCUUCAUGAUGCUCUCUGCGUUUUUAACAGAUCUCUGAGACUAUCACAGUGCAGGUGCAUUUAUACAGAGACUUGAUUACACACAGGUGGAUUGUAUUUAUCAUCAUUAGUCAUUUAGGUCAACAUUGGAUCAUUCAGAGAUCCUCACUGAACUUCUGGAGAGAGUUUGCUGCACUGAAAGUAAACAGUUUUAUAUCUUUAUGUUUGAAGCCUGAAAUGUGGCAAAAGGUCGCAAAGUUCAAGGGGACCGAAUACUUUCGCAAGGCACUGUAUGUUUGAUAGCUUUUUUUUUAACAGCCACUUGUUUGUUUGUUUGUUUGUUUUUAGGAAAGGAUGUUCUCUGUUUCCCUCUAGAUGGAGAAAUGACGGCAUGCUGUCUGAAGGUUUGGGGGAUGUAAAAAAAAAUCAUAUUUUUUUUCUUCUCCAUAUAGAAACGUAUACAUACGAACAACAAAUUACAGACACAGUCAAUCAAUGACUACAUCUCAUCUGCCCAGAAACAGCAGGCUCACACCCCCAUCCCUAGUGCCUGCAUUAUUGUUUGCCACCCUUCCUUAAAUUGUAUCAAUUUGUUUUUCUCAGUCGCCCCUACUAUUUCCAUAUUUCAAUAAUACCGAAUGCCAAUAGUUAUAAUUAAUAGAUAGAGAAAGUAUUUCUUGGAGAGGAGGAGGGACUGAUAAGGUUGAUUUGGCCAAUUGAUUGAUGUUUGUUGACCUUCUAUAGGAAGUAGUGGACUCUCUAUAACACUGUCAUAUGAGGCAUUGGGUUCUUUUACUGUUCCUCUGAAACACUUUUUCUGUUCCAAUGGGUGAUAGGCUAGCGAGCUACUCUAGUACAAUGAGAAGCAACUGAGCAUUGAGCAGCCUUACAUAUACUCCACAGUGGAUAGAGGACCCUACAGGUUUGCUUCAAGAUAAGCCAUAAAAGGAGUAUAUUUUAUGGGACGUCUGGGGGGUCGACUAGCACGAGGACUAGUAUCUGUAUGUGGACUUAACAUGACAGAUACAGACCAUAUCUAAUGUUUGUUUGUUGUAAUAACAUUUCCUCUAAUUUGUUUGUUUGUAUUGACCUAGUCACGCACAGACAGGGUUGUUGUUAUUUACCUGCUGCUGACUGUAUGUACAGUAUGAGAUUUGGGUAAUACUUUAUUUUACAGCACAGUUUAAGAUGGUUCUAGUGUUGCAAUACUCGGGUAACUUUCCCAAAAUGUCCAUGUUUUCCAUAAAUCCUGUUUUAUUAGGAUUCCCAAUUCUCUGCUUAUUCCCAUUUUGAUUCCAGGAAUCUUCCAACUGUGAAUUUGGGGAAAUUUACCGGAAUUUUGCAAUUAUUACGUAAUUACCGUUUUAACAUUUUAAUUUCUAACUAUAGUACCUGCUAAACAGGGGUACAGAGAUGAUUUAUGUUCCUCUGUUUUGAUACACCUGAAGAAUUUACCUGAACAUGGAUUAGAUUUAUUACAGUCUCUUAUUCAUCUACAGUGAACAUGGAUUAGAUUCAUUAGUCUCUUAUUCAUCUUCAGUGAACAUGGAUUAGAUUCAUUACAGUCUCUUAUUCAUCUAUAGUGAACAUGGAUUUGAUUCAUUACAGACUCUUAUUCAUCUUCAGUGAACAAGGAUUAGAUUCAUUACAGUCUCUUAUUCGUCUUCACUGCAUAAUAAUAUGAUUUACCUGCUCUCAUACAUUAUGUGCCUUCUUGUAUGCGACAAUUCUGUUUAAAUUAAACAAAAAAAUGUAGUCAACAAACCACUCCAUGAUAUUUGAGCGAGUGGGAUAUUUUGUGCUUUGCCUGUCAGAUAUUUGCCUAUGAUUUAAAAAAAUUCAAGUCAGGAAUACCACCUUAGUGGUAUGGAUGACAGUAAUGGUCAAAAUAAUGAAUAAACUAAUGAAAUAAAGUACUUAUUAGUUCA